AUGGCAUCACAGUUGGCCGGCAAUGAUGUUCGACCUGCGCUGCAGCCCCACGUCCUGUCCCUGAACCAGACCCAACGCUCAAGGAUGAACCGCAGGGUGAUCGACCCGCCACCCAUUGUGCAGUUGGAAAUCAACAACCCCAAGCUCUCCAAAGAAGACAUUAGCCAGCGUUACCGCCAUCAGUACUAUGUCGUGCACUGCACCAUCUGGAGCAAGGACGGGACCGAGGACUGCUCCAUCAUGCCCGAGGAGUAUCAUCGCCAGCAGCGACGUCUCAUGGGAAGUCUCGCGGCGAGCUCUUUUGUUGGCAAAGAUGAGAAUGGCGUCGAGGGAUGCUUCUUUCCAUUCUCAGACCUGUCUGUCCGGACGAGCGGAGAGUACCGUCUCAAGUUCUCCAUCGUGGUGCUCAACCCAGCCCAGGGAAAGAUGGGGAAAAGCUCAAAGAUCCACUCAUCGGCGAUGACGGAUGUUUUCACAGUCUACAGCGCCAAGGACUUCCCUGGCAUGAAGCCUAGCACGCUGUUGACGCGCAGGCUCAAGGAGCAGGGUUGCCUCAUCUCGAUCAAGAAGGGCAACGACAAGGCAGGCGGCGGGCGGGGCCAUGACAGCAGCGAUGACGAGGCAGAAGAGGCGCCCCCGAACGCCCGUCAUGGGGGAUAUAGGCGUUUUACGGCAUUGGCUGAGGACAGCGGCACCGAUGAGGCUAGCAUCUAA